GAAGAAGAGGAGAAAGAAGAGGCGGCGGCGGCAGCGGAGGAGGAGGAAGAAAAAGAAGAGGAGGCGGCGGCGGCGGCGGCGGCGGCGGAGGAGGAGAAGGAGAAGGAGACGCCGAAGACGAAGAAACUGGAGAGGGUAGAGUGUUGACGAUCAGAGUGGGGACGACAAGGUAGAAGGAACGACGAGGAAAGGCGGCUGUGGUAGGGGAAACGGCGAGAGCACAGAGUACAGAAGCAGCGGCAGCGCGCCGAGCCACGAGGGGCUAUUCGAGCGCGAAGGGGAGGGGUGACAAGGAACCCUGGCGGGGAGGGGACGCGGAGGCCUUCGGGGGGCCGACCAACCAGACGGCCGAUGAUGUCAUCGGGGGAGGAGACCGAGUAUUUCGCCCCCUACGGAGCAACCACGGAAAGCAAGCAACAGCAACUCCAGAAGAAGCAGAAGCGCACCAGACAGCGCGUGGACGCCGGCGAGCCGCGCAACAACUACUCGAGUAUACCGCACUUCACCUCCCGGCCAUCGUUUCACGGCGGUGGUUUGUACGGUUCGAUCUUCGGUGGCACCGGGCCAACGCUUCCGCAACAACAACAGCCGUCGCAGCAUCAUCAGUCUCAGUCGCAGCAACAACAGCAGCAACAACAACAGCAACAACAACAACUCCAGCAACAACAAGCUGGAGCGGCAGGAAGUCAAGGUCACUUAGGUACAGCUACGACGGGUCCAACCGCUCAGCAGCAUUCCGCCCACGCGGCAUUCGGCUUCUUCGGGGCACCGGGUUACGGCCCCGCCAAGAUGUUGAACGAGCUGCUCGGACGACAGGUCAAACAGGCCAGUGACGCCGGUGGCUCACCGCCAGAGGGCGGCCAUGGGAUGACUGGCGCCGGCAUGGAUCCUGCCGCGAAUUUGCAAUCGGGUGCUGUUGUUAAUUGCGACGAUCCCGCCACCGCCGAGCUCACGCAGCACAUGCUACGCGAUAUACUUCAAGGGCGCAAACUGUCCGCGCUCUCGGUUCAGGAACAACCGAACAAUAAUAACAGUAUACACAGCAACAACAACAACACAACAGCGGAUCUACUUAAGUCUCAGCAGCAGCAUCAACAGAGCCCUCAGCAGCAUCAACAGAAUAGUGAUAGUGCGCGUAGUGGAAUAGUGCAGAGUGGCGGAGAGGACAGUGGUGACGGGAAUAACCUCGUGAAUAACGCGAAUCACAGUGAUCGUGAUACCGUGAUGCCGGGCGAUGCCGAGGAUAGCGCCGAGGACGCAGCCGCAGCCGCACGUGCUAUAGAGGACGUCUUCACCGAAGCUGGUAUGGAGCCUGGGGCCAAUCUCGAUGGUUCGGACUGCGAACAGAGUUUGCCGCCCAGUCCCACGCAACCAAGGUCAGGGUCAGUUUCCGUCAAGGAGGAGAUACAGGACUCGUUGAAUAUCAAACGGAGCCCGAGUAACUCGCCUUGCCCGAUCGUGCCCAAAAUCGAAACGAAUUCGCCGACGACGGAAAUAAAACGCGCUCGUGUCGAGAAUAUUGUCAGCACGAUGCGCAGCAGUCCUGCCCUUCAAACGACCACGGUGAACGGUUGUAAAAAACGGAAACUGUACCAACCUCAGCAGCAAACAGUGCAUCACGUUCUCCAGCAUAGUGUCAACGACACGAUGAUGGACGACGAGGAGGAGAGCGAAGAGGAGGAGGAUCCUUCGAUGAUCAGGCAGAAACGCGAGGAGAAGGACAACCUCAAAAGUCAACUGAAAAUGCUGCGCGAACAGUUGGUGAUAAUGCAGCAAAAGUACAUAGAGAUUUCGAGCAGAAUGGAACCGGACACGAGCGAGAGCGGCGAUGCGCCCGCCAGUCCUCAGCAGCAACCUCAACCACCACCACCGAGACCACCGCGACCUCAUCCACCACCGUACAACGGCCUUCCGGCCAUCCCACCCGAACACACGCACGCCACGGCAGCUAUGUAUCAUAUAGGACACAAAGCCUACCUCGAUCAGCAACACGCUGCUUUGGAGAGAAUGAAGCAACACCAGGAGGCUGCGGCGAGGCAACAGCAACAACAGCAACAGCAGCAACAACAACAACAACAGCACCAACAGCAACAACUGCAACGACAAAAUUCUCCACCACCCCCUCCGAGUCAACCACAGCAACAGAGUCAAAGCAAUACCGGCCCGUCCACGCCGCAAAUGCCACAAAUGCAAGCAACGAGUACGCCUCUUCAACAUAAAGACUUCCAAGAGAGGUUAAGUGUCUUUAGAGGUGCAGCGGCAGCGGUUAGCUCGUCGGGUCCUCAUAUCACUGGUGCGGAUUUGGAAGGCUUGGCGGAUAUUCUGAAAACAGAAAUCACUUCGUCUUUGACGAAUCUAAUUGACAGUAUAGUGACCAGGUUCGUGCAACAGAGGAGGUUUCUUGGGAAACAAAGCGAGGCGGCGCAAGUUGCCGCCGAACAACUAAACAAGGAUCUCCUUCUCGCGAGCCAAGUACUCGAACGAAAAUCGCCUAGGACGAAAGUAGUCGAUAGAGGAGCACCACAACCACCCGGUGGCCCAAACGGGCCACGGGGGCCCCACAGUGGCGGGCCCCCUCCUCCGCAAUCUACGGGUUUCCCUCAAAUCGGGCCCAUGCCUGGUGGCCCCCAUGGUCCUCAUUCUGGCCCCACGGAAAACAACCUUAAUCAAAUGAACCAACUGCCUCCGCACGUGAGGUCUAGCAACGCGAUCUUUCAGGCACCGAAACCGCCGACGAUAUACGCUAUGGCCUCCAUGCAGGCGCAGCAACAACAACAGCAGCAGCAGCAUCAACAGCAACGGGAGCACCAGCAGAGAGAACAGCAACAACGCGACCAAUACUGUAACAUGAGGAGCGACGAGAGAGAAGUCAGGGAUUCGGAACAGAACGAGGCCCUCUCGCUCGUGAUGACGCCCAAGAAGAAACGUCAUAAGUAUUUUCCUUCACAGGUGACGGACACGAGGAUCACACCGAGGACCGUGUCCAGAAUCCUGGCGCAGGAGGGUGGCUGUUCGCAAGGAGGCAGUGAGAGUCCACCGCCCCCACCACCACCGAGACCCUACCACGCGCCACCACCGAUGCUGCCAGUGUCUCUGCCAACCAGCGUAGCGAUACCAAACCCAAGUCUCCACGAGAGUCAAGUGUUCUCGCCGUACUCGCCGUUCUUCAACCCUCACACGGGUCAUCCUGGUCAGGUACCACCCCCGGGGCCACAUCACCUACCUGCGAGUCCUCCAGGUGGAGGCGUAGAACUCAGGGACUCCCCACCAUUACCCCAUCCGCCGGCUAUACUGCAUCCUGCCUUAUUGGCGGCUGCCCAGCACGGCAGUCCGGACUACGGACACCUCAGGAUGGACAGCAACGAUCGGGCGAGCGAAUGCAACUCUGGCGACAUCAGCUACGACGGAGUUCAGCCUACAUCGUCGACGCUGACGCCGAUGCAUCUGAGGAAGGCGAAGCUAAUGUUCUUCUGGGUCAGGUACCCGUCCUCGUCCAUCCUCAAGAUGUACUUCCCCGACAUCAAGUUCAAUAAGAACAACACAGCGCAGCUGGUCAAGUGGUUCUCCAAUUUCCGGUGAGUAGAGCAAUAUUUACUAUUACACGCGGAAGUUGGCUAAGGGCUGUUGCGAGCAUCGUACGCGUUCCCUCAAGGAGCCGUUAUCUAAUCCGAUUAAAAUUGCAACAUGUACCGUAACUAUCGAACGUUGUAACAGCCCUCGGUCCUCUUUCGUCGACCGCAUGAUCUCUGAUUCCACGAAUAAAAAAACCCUUGAAAAAGGCAAGUCGCUGUAGGUGGUACACGAUGAUUUGCAUAACGUUCGCCACACGAUCGUAACUGUCGACAAGAACGCUCGUGCGAGGCCCGAGAACACGAGAUCUCCGAUAUGAGAAAUCGUGGACUCGUAGAUCCUAGAGCCAUUGGAUUUCUCGUGUUUGACAACGGGUUUCCUACGCGAAUUCGCCAUGUCCCGUCUCGUUUCGGGGAAAGAAAGAACGUGAUCGUGGAAGACGUUUCUGGUACGCGAUCCCGUUCUGGUGUAUAUGCAAACGAGAACGAGCUUUCCACGGGAUCGACCACUCCCUACGCAGAAACGGUCAGAGCCCAAGAGAGUCACGAUGGGUGUGUCCGAAUCUUAAUUACCCCUCUUCAGCCGGGGAUAAGUAACGUGGCUACAUUGCCGCCAGGUAUAGAGCGCAGGAGGCGGUGGGUACCGACGCAUACCGGCCAGCAGGCAUUAGCCUGAUUAUAAUUAGCCUGAGUACAGUACAGAUCCGAGAUAUAAGGCGGUCGAAGAGGUCGCACGUGGUCACCCCGCUACAUUAUUGCCGCUUUCUUAUCGCGAGAGACACCUAUGCUUCUGGAAGCCAUAAGUUUUCAGCCGGACCUCCGACAUUUAAACGCGUCGACGACUCCAUUG